CACCAUUAGAGCUGCUCAUUUUUGAGCUCUCAUUUGACGGAAGGUGUCACAUCCAGCAACAGAUCAGUCCCAUCAAACGAGAGGAUCCAGUUUAACAGCAAUGAAUGACUCUUAUGAGAUCUCUAAUGACACCAUUUAUGAUGUGGACUAUGAAGAUGAAGUCUGUGAUAAAGGCAAUGUGGUCAAAUUUGGAUCCAUUGCCGUUCCCGUUUUCUUCUCUUUUGUGAUCAUACUGAGCCUCACGGGAAACAUCCUCGUCCUUGUAAUCCUGGCUUUGUACGAAAACCUCAAGUCUCUCACCAACAUUUUCAUCCUAAACCUGGCCAUCUCUGACCUCGUCUUCACCACCGGUCUUCCAUUCUGGGCAAUUUACCACAUCUGGGGAUGGUUGUUUUCAGAGAUCCUCUGCAAAAUUGUGACUUUCGUCUUCUUCACUGGGUUUUACAGCAGCAUCCUCUUCCUGACCAUCAUGACCAUCUACAGGUAUCUGGCCGUGGUCCACCCUCUCUCUGAUCUGAGCACACAGAAACGCAGCACCGGGGGUUUUGUGUCUAUCUUAUUGUGGAUCAUCAGCAUUGGAGCAGCUAUGCCCUCCCUUCUCUACAGCUCUCUCGUCUCAAUCCACCACAAGGAUAAACACUCCCUGGGCUGUGAAUACCCAGCUACCCUGUGGAAAAACAUUGGUAUCUCCCAACAGAAUAUUUUCUUCUUGGUUGCUUUUGCAGUGAUGGCUUUCUGCUACAUUCAAAUACUGUGUAGAAUCUCAAAAUCAAGAUCCCACACAAAGAACAGAGCAGUUAAGUUAGUCUUCUCUAUCGUGGCCGUGUUCUUCUUCGGCUGGGUGCCGUACAACGUGGUCAUCUUUCUGAAGAUCUUGGCUGACAAUGUGGUUGCACCAUUUCAUACCUGUGAAGCAAGUAUUCAGCUUGACUAUGCAUUCUAUGUGUGCCGGCUCAUUGCUUUCUCCCACUGCUGCUUGAACCCUGUUUUUUAUGCAUUUGUUGGUGUGAAGUUUAGGAGUCAUUUGAAGUCAAUGCUGCAUCGAAUGUUCAACCGCGCAAGUCCAGCGGAAGAACAGCAGACGAGAAUGCAAGCCUUCUCACGUGGAUCAAUGUACUAGUCCCUGUUUAAGUGUAUAAUUUCCAUCCAUUUAAGACUGCACUACUGAGUUGGGGAAAAAAGACCAGUGUGCAUUUGGUAAAAUACAUAUGAUCUCAGAUGCGUGUGUCUGUGUUAAACCUUUGUCAUAAUAUACAGCAUGUAUGGGAUGAGACUAGAAAUGUUACAUACAGUAAUUGAAUGGCACUUUAAAAUGAGGCCAUGUAAAAUGUUAUCCACUGUACAGCACUUUGGUCAGUUUAUACUGUGUUUAAAUGUGCUUUAUAAAUUAAAUUUACUUACUUACCUACUUACUAAAAAUAUUUGUAAUUCAGUCACAGUGGAAGGUUAGCCAUUAUAACAAAUAUGUUCACAGAGCAAAAUGAUUUUAUUAUUUAUUUAAAAUUAUACUUACUCUCACUUUUGUCAGGCUUAGUUUUCACUUACUGUAAUUAUGAUUUAUUCUGUUUAUUUCAUACAAUGUGUCAUUGCAUACAACGGCUAAAAAGUGUUUCCAAGAAAUUCUCAAUUUACAGUUAACAGGUAGAUUAGUGUAAAUAGAAUGUGAUGUAUAAUAAUGUCAAACAUUUUAAAUAAAAACUACAAUGA